AUGUCCAAAGUUUCUCAGCCCGAACUUAAGCGCUUUCUUGACAAAAAUGUACUCAUUAACAUACAAGGAGGACGCAAAAUCAAAGGCAACUUGCGUGGAUAUGAUCUAUUUCUGAACAUUGUGGUGGAUGAAGCCGUGGAGCAAGUUCAGGCGGAAAACAACCAACACCUUUGGGUUGAUGGUGCACGCUGCGGUACAGUGGUCAUCCGAGGAAACAGUGUCAACAGCUUAGAGGGCCUUGAAUCGAUCAACACGAGAUAA